ACUCCCUCGGGGACCGUGGAGGAGAAUGCACGUCCGCGCAAACGGAUGCUACUGAAUCCACCCCGACCCCUCUGUAGGCCACGGCACAGCUUCUUCUCCACUCUCUGCAGGUGAUGCUUUUGUGAAAAAAAAGAGUCCUGGAAUAUAUAUUUAUAUAUAUAUAAAAAAACUACUACGACUUGAAAAUGGCAGACAAGGGCAGCGUGGAGAAAUACCUGGAGAACAACCCGCAGUUCGCCAAAGAAUACUUUGACAAGAAAUUACGCGCCGAAGCUCUGAGCGCCGCCUUUAGCGCACCUGUCGACAUCAAGGACACAGCUUCCUUCAAGGAUGUUAACUCCCUUCAAGAGUCCGCUAUCAUCUUCGAGCUGGUCCAGGAGCUCCAGAAACCGGGUUCAAUGGAGCAAUCCCUUCACAAAGUGUUGCAGAGAGUCGCCCUGAUCUUACAGGCCGACAGGGUCGGUUAUUACCUGUGCCGGGCCAGAAACGGAAUACCUGAGCUCGCCACUUGCCUCUUUGACGUGACUCCAACGUCCAAAUUCGAGGCGAACAUGGUCCACCCGCAGGGUGAAAUCGUGUUUCCUCUUGAUAUGGGUGUUGUCGGUUUCACCGCCCAGUCCAAAAAGCCACAAAAUGUUCCGGACGUCUCAUCGAACAAAAAGUUCUGUGACUUUGUGGACAAACAGACCGGAUACAAGACUAAAUGCAUGCUCACGUACCCUCUGAUGGCUGACAAAGAGUGCCUUGGAGUUGUCAUGGCACUAAACAAAAUAGGAGCUGACGCGUUCUCUGCAGAGGAUGAAAAGCUCUUCCACAAGUACAUGGACUUUGCUCAAGUCAUCGCCCUGCAGCAUUUCACGUCCUACAUGUUCAAUGUGGAGUCCAGAAGGAGUCAGGUGCUGCUGUGGGCGGCCAGUAAAGUGUUUGAGGAGUUGACGGACAUUGAGAGACAGUUCCACAAAGCGCUCUACACUGUGAGGACCUAUCUACAAUGCGAGCGAUACUCAGUGGGUCUGCUGGACAUGACCAAAGAGAAGGAAUUCUAUGAUGAAUGGCCGGUGAAGCUGGGAGAUGUGGAACCCUAUAAAGGACCAAAAACACCAGACGGCAGGGAAGUCAACUUUUACAAGAUCAUUGACUACCUCCUGGAAAGCAAAGAAGAGAUCAAAGUCAUACCUGGACCGCCCGCAGAUCACUGGGCUCUGGUUAGCGGACUACCGACCUACGUUGCAGAGAACGGCUUUAUUUGCAACAUGAUGAACGUGGCUGCAGAUGAUUUCUUCACUUUCCAGAAAGAGGCUGUGGAUGACACGGGUUUUCUCAUCAAGAACGUCUUGUCGCUCCCCAUUGUCAACAAGAAGGAAGAAAUCGUGGGCAUCGCCACUUUCUUCAACAGGAAAGACGGCAAGCCGUUUGACGAACAUGAUGAACAGAUCACCGAGGCUCUGACACAGUUCUUGGGUUGGUCGGUGCUGAACUGCGACACCUACGACAGGCUGAACCGUAUGGAGUACAGGAAAGACAUCGCCCAGGAGAUGCUCAUGUACCAGACCAGAUGCACCAAAAAUGAGAUGCUGUCCAUUCUGAACACCAAAGAGAAGUUCGACGCAGACCCCGAAGACUGCGACCAGAAAGAGAUGUACAAACUAUUGAAAGCAACCUGCCCACCAGCCGACAACGUCAACGGAGAGAAUCUGUACAAUUUCGGCUUCAGCGACUUCCCCGUCACGGAGUUCGACCUCAUCAAAGCCGGCAUUCGCCUUUUCUUUGAGCUCGGAGUGGUCGAAAAGUUUAAAGUUCCUGCAGAGACGCUGACCAGAUGGAUGUACACGGUGAGGAAGGGCUACCGUGACAUCACCUACCACAACUGGAGGCACGGCUUCAACGUAGGGCACACCAUGUUCUGCCUGCUGCAGACAGGGAGGCUGAGGAAGUACUAUUCUGAUCUAGAUGCCUUUGCCAUGGUAGCUGCCGCUUUCUGCCACGAUAUCGACCACAGAGGGACCAACAACCUCUACCAGACAAAGAGUGCACAUCCUCUGGCUAAACUCCACGGCUCCUCCAUCAUGGAGAGACACCAUUUGGAGUACAGCAAGACGCUCAUGGGUGAAGAGGCCCUGAACAUCUUCUGCAACCUCCAGAAGCGCCAGUUCGAGCACGUGCAGCACUUGUUUGACGUCUGCAUCAUCGCCACUGAUCUGGCCCUUUACUUCAAAAAGAGAACCAUGUUCCAGAACAUUGUGAACGCCACGGAGCCAAUGGCAGAAGAAAAGGACGCUAUUGCCUACAUCUCCAACAACCCCACCAGGAAGGAAAUCGUCAUGGCCAUGAUGAUGACAGGUUGUGACUUGUCAGCUAUCACCAAACCCUGGGAGGUGCAGAGCAAGGUGGCUCUGAUGGUCGCUGCUGAAUUCUGGGAACAGGGAGAUUUGGAGAGAAACGUUUUGGACCAACAACCAAUUCCCAUGAUGGACAGAAACUGUGCCGAGCAGCUCCCCAAGAUGCAGUGUGGUUUCAUCGACUUUGUCUGCUCCUUUGUAUACAAGGAGUUCUCCAGGUUCCACAAGGAGAUCAAGCCCAUGUUUGAUGGUCUGAACAACAACAGGGCACACUGGAACGAGCAGGCGGAGGUAUACAAUGCAAAGAUGAAGGCCAUCGAGGAUCAGAAGAAGAAGUUGGAAGAUGACGAAGCCAGGAAAUCUGGCGACGGGAAAUCAAAGACUUGCACCAUCUGCUAAGUUCCUCCGAUGCUUCAGGAUCUGGACUGAUGCGGUCUGAUUAGGACCAACUUAGGCUGCGCUAGCCUAUUCUGGUCCGGCAACUAGUCUAGUUGGAGCUUGACUAGGCCAGCUUGGUCUGGUCUGAUCUACACCAGCGUAGUUGUCUCUGGUUAGGUGCUGUCCGCUCUGGUGCAGUCUAGUCCAGCCCUGCUUGGCCUGGUCUGGUUCAGUCUAGCCUAACUUUAGUCUAGAGUAGUCGGGUCUAGCCUGCGGUCCAGCCUAACUAACUUCCAAGGAGGGAAGAGUCAGAAACAUCACCAAGAAGUAACGUUGGGACUCUGACUGCAAGAGAAGCCGUUUGACUCGGAUGAUGUGAUGUGUUUGAAACUUCCUCUGCCAUGAACAUUUGAAAAACAUGGACAACACAUAAUUCCAUUUAGCACAGCGAUAAACGAAACCUUUCUGACAUGCACGGUUUGAAACCACGCUUGGAUACACUCAUGAGCUGUACGCAAAUUUCCAAGUCAAGCUUAAGUAAAUCUUUAGUAUUAAUAGCUCAAAUAGGGUACUGCAUGGCGGGUGUAAACAUGCCAAAGCAAUAGUUUUCACAGUGUUCCUGUUGGCAGUCAGUUACCACGCAUUAUAGCAGUACUGUAGGUUGCACAAAGCACUUAGCUGCUGCUGUUUUGGCAGCGGCAGGCCAUGAAUGGAAGGCGGGGAGGCAAGCAGACAGGCACAAUAACCUCUACAUGUACUGGGGUCUGGGUUAUAAUUCAGUCUUUUUUUCUGGCGAACAGUUAAAGUAGCACGAGUUGUGGAAUCGAUUCCUCGAACACACGAGCAGGAAAAACUUGGACGCGAAAGGAUCUGUGUAGCAAACCGCUGGCGAAAAACACUCGAAUCAAACAAGGGCUGACGUCCUCUUACCUCAAAAGGACGCCGACGAGUUGUGUAAGGGUGUAAUUAUUUUAAAUAUGCAAUCUAUCUAUAUACGUAUAUAUAUUUUUUUUGAUUCUUUGUCUGAGAAUUUUGUACUUGAACUGUCUUCGCGGAUUGUUGCGUUUGAGCGUUUCCAGAGAGAGGAGGGAGGUGGGGGGUGGGGGGCGUUGUGAAUCUAGAAAAUGUGAAAACUUUGGAAAACACCUGUGAGCUGGAAAAAGAACUAAAAAAAAAAAAGGUAUUAUAAAAGAUAUUUACAGCAGUGUUUAGAGCAAAAAUUGCAAUUCCAUAUCGAUUCAAAGCGUCUUUUGUAUAGUUUAUUACAUAGAAAUUGUAAAAUGUGUAAAUUGUGUAAGAAUAUCUGAAGCGUAAAAACUGAUUUGAAGGGUGUACAGUAAAAAGCAACCUUUGCUUCUUCUGAAGAGGCGACAGUUGGAGUCAGUCAAACAGAGCACAGUAGAUCUACCUCUCCUGUAAGAAGAUUUGAUGGGAUUUAAUUUGAUUGCCAGCCAGCGUUGGAGAUCCACGCAGCUUUAGACUUUAAAUACCCUUCUUACAGAGGAGGUAAAGCAGGCUACCAAAGCCUUAUGUGUGUGUGCCGACGACUUUCAGUUUAAAAUGUGGCAGAUGCAGCUAUGGCAUCAUUGAUUGUAUCGAGGAUACAGGCUUCGCGCUUCGCUGACGCAACCGUGUGAUGAAUCAUGCAACAACUUGACUUGUUUGAUGUCAACUCAGUGUGAAUCUCCCCCACAACUCCUCUCCAUGUAAACUUGAAUUGAACUUGAUCUGGUCAGGCAUCUGAAGUUGACAGCGCACUGUCCACCAGCAGUGAACUUUCUUACAAACGUCCCUCCCGGGUGCAAAGGCAAGCUCUCAGCUUCCUGUUACACAACGUCAAUCAUCUCCUCUAAUUAACGGAGCAUCAAUCAGAGGCACCUAAUCCAAUCAGAAUGGCUUUGGGACUACCUGGAAACCCCUUUUCUGCUGCUUAAAGGGUGAAGCGUGGAGCUGUUUUGAUUACUGGAGCCAAAACUGUACAAAAAAAAACAUGUUUUAAUGAUUUAACCAUUUACCUCAUUGUUCCUGCUGCAAACAUUUUAAAUAGAGGGUUUCACCACCAGUUCUGCCUCCAGUGAUUAAAAAAAAAAGACGACUCUUUGCUUUUCCUUCAAGGAUCCUUUUGUGAGAUACCAAAUAAUGCACUGUAUACUUUCUCCUUAUCCCAUCAGCUGUCAUUCAGACAUUAGAAAUCUAUGAUUUGACGUAUGAAACGACCUGUAUGUAUGUAUGUGUCAUGAGAUGUAAUAUGUGUAAGCAAAUAAAGGAAUAU